ACUUCAAAUUCCCAGUGGACUAAAUGCGCUUGUUACCACAUGAACUCAAACCUCUCCUAUUGACAUGUAAACAUAAUGCAUUGAUUUCUCAAAUUCACGCUCUUAUGGUAGUAUCUGGGUUAUUUUCCCAUGGAAACUCCAUUGCCCCAUUAAUAUCAUCAUAUGCCAAAGUGGGUGAUCUCAAAUCUGCCCACAAAUUGUUUGAUAAAAGUCCCCUGAGGAGAGUAGAUUUUUGGAAUGCUAUGAUCAUUGCCUAUUCAAAAAAUGAGUUCCCUUUUGAGGUUGUAAAUGUUUAUAAUCAAAUGGUCCUUGAAGGUGUCAAACCUGAUAGCUCAACUUUUACUGUGGUACUUAAGGCGUGUACGAUAUUGCAGGAUUUGGAGAAGGGUGAAGAGAUUUGGGACAAGGUUGUUGAGUGUGGGUAUAAAAAUGAUGUCUUUGUUGGGUCCUCUGUUUUGAACCUGUAUGCCAAAUGUGGGAAGAUGGAUAAAGCAGGAGCUGUAUUUGAGAAAAUGCAGAGGAGGGAUGUUGUUUGUUGGACUACAAUGAUAACGGGUUUUGUACAGAGUGGGAAAGGGAGAGAGGCUGUGGAUUUGUAUAGGAGGAUGCAAAGGGAAGGUAUGGUAGGUGAUGGUGUUGUUAUGUUGGGUUUGAUGCAGGCUUCUGCUAAUAUUGCAGACACGAAAUUGGGUUCGUCAGUUCAUGGCUAUAUGAUCCGCAGAGCCCUUCCUAUGGAUGUCAAUAUACUGACUAGCCUUGUUGAUAUGUAUGCUAAGAAUGGAGAGUUGGAGAUAGCUACUCGUGUAUUUCGGAAAAUGCCUUUUAGGAAUACUGUUACUUGGAGUGCUUUGAUUUCUGGCUAUGCUCAAAAUGGCUUUGCUGUUAAUGCUCUUCAACUGCUGAUAGAGAUGCAACUGUUAGGAUUCACACCUGAUGUAGCUUCACUUGUAAGUGCACUUCUAGCAUGUUCUGAUGUUGGCUCUUUAAGAUUGGGUAGAUCAAUUCAUGGUUAUGCUGCCAGGAAAGUCAUCAUGGAUCAAGUUUUAAGUACUGGAUUGAUUGAUAUGUAUGCUAAAUGUGGGCUCAUUUCUUGUGCCCGUUCCAUUUACGACCGCAUCAGUUCUAAGGACUUGAUAUGUUGGAAUACGAUUAUAGCAUGCUAUGGGAUCCAUGGGCAAGGAAGAGAGGCACUUACCCUUUUCCAGCAGAUGAAGGACGAGAUAGAACCAGAUCAUGCAACUUUUGCUGCUCUUCUUUCAGCUUUGAGUCACUCGGGAUUAGUGGAGGAAGGUCGACAUUGGUUUGAUGACAUGGUGAAUGAAUACAAAAUUAAACCUUCUGAGAAGCAUUAUGCUUGUUCAGUUGAUCUUUUGGCUCGAGCUGGUGAAGUUGAAGAAGCUAAAGAACUCAUCACUUCUAUGGAAACUAAACCUGGGCUUGCUGUUUGGGUUGCCCUUCUAUCUGGUUGCCACAAACAUAAGAAAUUUUCCAUUGGAGAAUUGGCAGCAAACAGGGUACUUGAAUUAAUUCCCGAGAACACAGGUACUUUCGUGUUGGUAGCGAAUUUCUUUGCAGCAGCAAAAAUGUGGGAUAAAGCAGCUUCUGUGAGGAAGCUUAUGAAAAAGACAGGGAUGACAAAAGUUCCUGGCUACAGUGCUGUAGAGGUAAAUGGGAGACUCCAUGCUUUUCUUAUGGAUGAUACAAGUCACCCUCAAUAUGAACAGAUAAUGGGACUUCUAUGCAAUCUGGAAAAUGAGAUGAAAGCUAUGGGCUAUGUCCCAAAGACUGACUUUGUGCUGCAGAAUCUUGAAGAAGAUGUCAAAGUGAAAAUGUUGGGUAUUCAUAGUGAGAGACUUGCCAUUGCUUUUGGGCUCUUAAACACCGCACCAGGAACCAGAUUACUUAUCACAAAGAACCUGAGGGUCUGUGGUGACUGCCAUGAAGUAACAAAGUUUAUCUCUGUUAUAGUAAAAAGAGAGAUUAUCGUAAGGGAUGUUAAACGAUUUCAUCACUUUAAGGAUGGAACAUGUUCCUGUGGUGACUACUGGUGAAACAUGUCUUGUCA